CUUGCUGCUUGCUGCCAGCGCUGUCUGCCUCAGCUCCUCUGUAGCAAAUGUUCCUUUUUGGUGAAGGAAUGCCAAGUCCCUGCCACCCGAGUCUUCUUGUGCUAGCAGGCAUCUGCUGAAUGCUCGGGUGUUGGGAUGCACUGUGGACUUCUGGCUUUUUAACAUCCUCCCUGCUUUUCUCACUAUUAAUGUCUUUAAAUACGAGGAGGAGAAAGCCUGGAAUGGUUUAUGUAUUUCUGUAUGGGUCUUUUAACCCAUGUAAGAGGAAUAAAUAUAUCUGCAAGAGUAAUAAAUAGUAUGUUCACUUCUACGAAAAAAAGAGGGAGGAGGCUAUGCAGUCCUGUUAUUAUUUUACCCCAUUUUUGCUUUUCCCAUAGGAAGAACUGCUGCAUGACAGUAGCUGGUCUAUUGAUGAUUAAUAAAUAUCCCUCAUCCAUUCAUCUUAUUUAUUAAAACAAGAAGCAAAAUGCAAUGUCUGAAAGUGGCACACUCAGCAAAUAUAUGCUACCUUUUCUAUUCAUAUGUUGUCUUUCAGUCACAGUCAGGCCUUAUACCACAUACACGUGGUACACAAGCAUAAUUAUUUUCCUUUGUGAAUCAUCUUGUGGUCUUACAGGCAAAGUUAUGAAUCUCUUCACAAAAUUGCAUCUCAGAUACUGCCAGGUUUAGUCAUAAAUGGGAUUUUAGAAAAGGUAAGGUAUAAUGCAAAGCAGUAAUAGAAUAUAAUACAACUGGCUGGCAGUAGGCCAGAACACCACACUCAUUUUUGUAGCAUAUCUGCGUGGAAACUUCCGCAGUGGCUCUUUUUUAAAUGAUAACCUAGAGGGAGGGAAUGGAAACCAUAUUACCAAUAUCCCACAUUUCCAUUUCAGAGUAUGAGCGUGUCCCCGUCAAAUCUGCCCUUGCUACAUGGAAGAUUUUUAGGAAGAAAGCAAAGAGGAGCUAUCAAUCAAGAGAUCCAUCGUGACUGGCAACCCAUUUAAGACACUUGCCUGGAGUGACUAUGCCUUUGAUUCAAAGUACAGACAAGACCAUGAGAACUUAAGUUUCCAUGAGGACCACAAAAAGAAAUCAGAAGAAAAGGAAGGGAGUCUGAUAGUCGGUCAGUGGGACAUGGAUGUACAGCCCCUCAUUUCGUCUUCCAAAUGGCUUCAACUUCAUGGGCUAAAGAGAAACAAAUUGACCUUGUCCCAGAUUUUGUCACAAAUUGGAUUCCAGCACAGGAAAGAUUAUGUGACCACUUUGGGGAAACUUGUGGCUUCUCGAUAUGCAGAUGGUCUGUUUCCUCAAUACACGAGAGCACAAGAUGGCAGCGUGUAUAAUCUGACAGCCAAAAAAGAACUGAUUCUUCAUUUUGUGGAAUGUCUAAUGGGAGCUAUUGAGCUAUAUCAGCAACGAAUGGAAUGGUUAACCAGUGAAAGCCGGCUGAUAUUUGGAGUGAUUCAAGAACGGCGUGUUGUCAUUGUUUUGGAUUUUGGCACUGCAGCUCCAACCGAAUUUGAUCUGUGCCGUGAUGCACUUUCUAUGGUUCUUGUGGAACAAGUGACACAAAUUGCCAAAUUUAACCUCAUUCGGGCUGCUCAGGUUCUUAUGAAGUGGCAAGAGAAAUCUGCUCCUGUGUCUGAAUAUACUGUAAAAUCUGCUGUUAAGUGGCUCUGGAAGCUGGACCACACAACAGCUGCCAGCAGUACCACCCCUGCUGGAGCCCUGGUGGAAGCCAUGAGUGAUGAGACGAUUGAAGCUGUUUAUUACUUUGCAGUGGGUGAUAUUCCAGCAGAGACAAAGCAGCUACUCCUAGAGAAGGUUUCUGAUGGCCCCUGUCCAGUCAACACUAUAUCUUUUAAUGCCAGGGAAGAUGAAACUGUUAUUUUUCUGAAAGAGCUGAGCCACUUGGCCUCUGGCAGAUUCCAUGCUUUUGCUGAGAAGAAUUAUUAUAGAGAUGCUACUGGACCUGCACUAAAAUGUGAAGAAGAUGGGAAAGGUCUAAUUGCCCAGAAUUCCAGAAAAGUGAGAGGGAGAAUGCCACUAGUAGCUGGUGUUCGUGAAGAUGUCUUUUUGAUCUGGAAAGAGUUGGAGGAAGCUAGGAGUACGCUAAGACAAGUUCAGAAAAUUUUAUCUGAAUCUCAUCAGCCUGACUCUGCAGAUGGAAACAAAGCAGAUCAUCCAUUAGAAGAGCAUAAAUUUGACAAAUAUUUGACUUCUGAGAAGUGGUUGCAGAAGUACGGCUUGAAAGCUCAGAAGCUCACACUGUACGAUGCACUUGCUGAUUGUACGUUUCGUCAUGCAGAUGGAAUCGUUGACAUCAAAACUAAACCAGAGGAUGAAUCUUUACAAACUGAUGCUGAGACGACGAGAAAGGUAAUUCAUGCUAAAUACUGUGACAAGUUUGUACAUACCUUCUGGAAAGAUGGAUCUGUAGUUCAUGUAUAUGUUACUACAGAAAAGUAUAAGCAGUAUGAAGAGAAAAUGAGAACGGCUCUCAGACAAGUGAAAGGAAGGAUUAAGUGGCUUCAACAAGGAAGCAGAGGGCUCUUUGGGAACGUGUCUGAGGAUGAUGUCUAUAUUCUUAUUGAUACAUCCCAGUCUAUGAAGGACAAGCUGCCGCUGGUGAAGGAGAAAAUAUUUCAGCUCAUACAGGAACAAUUGAGACACAAAAAGAGAUUUAAUUUUGUGAAAUUUAGUUCCCAAGCAGUGGCGUGGCAAGAGAAACUUGCUGAAGUUAAUGAGGAGAAUUUGCAAGAUGCUUGGCUUUGGAUAAAAGAGCUUGAGGUUGGAAGUUCCACAAAUACACUCAGAGCUCUCCAGAUUGCUCUUGCUGAUACUGACACUCAAGCUAUUUAUCUCUUGACUGACGGAAGACCUGACCAGCCCUCUCAAACAAUUUUGGCUCAAGUCCAGCUUCAUCGUAAAAUUCCCAUUCAUACUGUAUCCUUCAACUGUGAUGACACGGAAGCUAAUAAAUUUUUGCAUGAGCUAUCUACUGGAACUGGGGGACGCUUUCAUUAUUACAACGUUUAUUCAACUGAUCUUGAUGCUGUAAACUCUAGUGAUAGUGAAGAUAUAUAUCUUUUAAAACAAGAGAUUGAACAGGGAGAAAAAGACCUAGAGAAAGUGAAGACUUUUCAUGCAGAAUGUCUGAUGAUGGAUUGUUAUAAAGAAGAAAAUGAUCCAGAGAAUAAUAAUCGGGAGCAGACACAUACUUUGUCUUCUGUGACUGAACACACUAAAGAGUUGAGUACUAACCUUAGCAGCAGGCUGUGCUGUGCUUCACAAGAGGCAGCAUUGGGUGCACGUCGGCGUACUGGAUAUGCCUGGCAAGCCAAUGGUGAGAGUCCUGUCCGAAGGAAGAAAGCAUUAUUUGCAGAGCAAACAAAGACGAGUCUGCUGCGAAUCCUGAGCCGUGGAUUGAAAUCAAGGGAAGAAAGCCCAGAGGAAAGAGUAUCUCCUGAAAAAAGAAGUUUUUCUGUCAGAAAGAGUGUGAAUUGCACAACUGUUUUGAAAGGCAGGUUAACACAACAGGAAGCUCUGGAUGUGAAAAUGCAGAAAACUGUGAAAAGGACAUCUAAAAGUUCUUUAGAUACCUCUUCAGCUCUUUGGUUAAAAACUCAUGGCCUGGUUGCUAGGCGGCUCACCAUCAUGGAUGCCUUAGCUCCUACAGCUGUCCCUCAUGGCACUAAAUACAUCCCAGUUCUGGACAAGCAUGUACUUGCUAAAGUAUUUGAUGAGAUACUACCGUUGGCCCAUUUGAGCAAUGACAAGAAGCAGAUCACGCUAAUUAAUCCUCAGGCAGUGAAUCUUGAUGCCUAUAAAGAGAAGUUGGAACAAGCAAUUAAAUCCUAUGAAAGGCGCCUAAAUCUACUUAUCUGGAGAGCACUAUCUCAGGAGGAAAGAGACAAAUUUAAGGAGGAUGGGCCAGUUCAAUACAUGCAGCAUAAGGAAGCUUUGUUGGAGGCUUUAGAGAAUUUGGGAUGGCCAAUUUCCUAUGAAGAUGUAAUACUGUUAGAAGAUGAGAUACUGGCAGCAUUAACAUAUAAGCAGCAAGCUUCUGAUCUUCAGGAAGCUGUCAAAAAGGAAAUUGAGAAGAGCUCAGAAUCACACGUCAGCAAAAAUAAAAAGAGACUUGAAGAAGAAACUGUGAAGUCGAAGUCUAAAAAGAGACAAAAGGGCAGAGUAUUUAUGACUCUCAAAAACCAAAAAGUGAUUGCAAGAUCGGACAUCACAGGAUUUUAUUAUCCAGGAACUGUGAUAAAAAAUAUAAAUUCUACCAGCGCACUUGUUGACUUCAACCAUGGGGAGAGCUGGGUUGUACCUCUGGAGUUCAUUGUACCUUUGGGAGGUGCCAUGCCAUGCACAUACCUACAGGUGGGAGACCAUGUAUUUGCCAGAACUGAGACACGGACAGGGAACAAUUAUUAUGUGCCUGCCAUUGUCAUAGCAACACCAGAAAUGGGGAGAAUGAGUGCUAAACUCUACACAGUUCUGAUGUUCAGCAACAGGAAAGAACACUGCGUAAGAAGUUGCCUUAUUAAAAUCAGCCAAACCAAAUAUGCCUUCUCCUGUCGGUAUAUAAGAAUGAUGCAGAGGGUGGAUUAUACAACCCCAGAUCAAGAGUCUCCAGAGCCCCAUCUACACUCAUCUUUGGAAAAUGAAGGAGGAGAAGCAGCAGAGAAAAGUAUUGUGAAAGGAGAUAGGGGAAAACAGAAAAAGAAGAGGAGAGCAGAGGACAAAAGACAUGCCAAGGGGAGAAUGUUGGACUCUGAUCUUUUGUUUGUCUCCAGGAGGGAGGUAAAACACAGAGGAAGAAAUUCACUGCCUAGGAAUAAAGAAGAAUUUGAAGGGUUCCACUGUCUUUUCAGGGUGUUAGACCAGUCUGCUUUCCCUUGUCUUAUGUGAUGGUGUUCAUCCACCUCCUUUGGAAGCCAUUCUUCACACUGAUGAUUCUCUGCACGUUUCCACAGCAAAUGGAACAAAUGAAUAAAGCAUGUUCUGGCAUAUCCUACCUUAAUUUCCCAAACAUUCAUAGCAGCAGUGAAGAUGCAGUAACAUCAACCUUUGUACCUGCUAGUAAGCAUAGUGUAAAUUGAGAUCCUUCUACUGUUUGUUACUUGUUAGAUGAAAAGUAUGGUUUUUUUUUCUAUCUGAGACGUUACAUUAUUGCAUAUGGAGCUCAAUGCUUCUAAGGUUAAUUUGCUUUUAGUGUCUGAGCUAGCUCAGUUAAAGCAGACAUCAGCAUUUGUACUCCAUGUCACUCGUCCAGUAGAGACCUGGGCUAGUCUGAUACACCACAGCAUGCCACAGCCAGCUCUUCCUUUUAAUGAGACGACUGUCAGUGAAAAGAUAAUAGGAAUUUUAUAGAAUCAUAGAAUCACAGAAUCAUUAGAAUUGGAAGGAACCUUUAAAGGUCAUCUAUUACAACUCCCCUGCAAUGAACAGGGACACCUACAGAUAAAUCAGGCCCCCAGCGUGAUGGGGCAUCCACCACCUCUCUGAGCAACCUCUGCCAGUGCCUCACCACCCUGGAAAUACUCAGUUAUCCCAUUCUCCUCCCUCUUGGAUGUCUUGAAAUGCAGAUGCUGUGUAAAUGUGAAAUGCUGAUAUGAUCAGCAAAAUCCUGUUAUUGAUUUCGUGCAGGUUGAAGGAAAGAUGAAAUGAAAGCAGUCAAUAUCUAUCACUUUAACCCUGCCUAGCUUUAUCAAAUAAUUUUGUAAUUUUCUACCAAAACUCUGUCAAGACUUCAAGGUGGUAUGCAGGUUGAAUGUGCUGAGGAGGAUCCUCUGUCCUCUUCUGAUCGCAUCAUGGACACUGUUAGCUUUUUUUUUCUUUUCUUAAAUUUAUUUCUAUUUGCAUGUGUUUCAUUAGAAAGGAGAAGGUCAAAGAGAUGAUAAAGACGUUAAAGAUGCGUGAUCAUCCUCACAGAGUUUUAUCAGAUACUUCCUGAUAUAAUCUCUGCCUAGGUUUGUGUAUUUAUCCUCUCUAGGUUUAAAUAUUUGUCCCAUUUUCAAACUAUGCUAAUGAUUUCAUAGCAUUUUGUGUAUAUAGUUUUGUAAAUUAUAUCAAAUGUGUAACUGAACCUCUGAUACAAACAUCUGUUUUAACUAUGUUUAUAUAUAUUAACUAGUACAUCUUUGCUGUGUGUUUUGUAACUCAUCCAUGUAUUAAUCCACAUGUCUUCCUACAAAUGAUUCUGCUCACCUCAUGUGUACGUUUCUGUUGUGUUCUAUGAGGAAGUAACUUCUCCUGAACUUGAGUGAGCAGUGCCCAAUAUAGAGAUGGACUUUUCUCCUCACAGAGAUGAUGUGGAUUCAGCAACACAGUUCUUAUAUGGUUGGUUGAUGAAGCCUUUCAUUUCCAUGAAGCCUUGAAUUUCCACAGAGCUGUGGCUAUUGGGGGGAUGAAUGGAGCAUUUGGAAUUGUUUGUGAUUUGGUUCGUGCUGAGCUAAAAUAUUCCUGAGGAAUCAAUAACUGUCUCCUAUUGUUCCUACUCAGGGAAACAACAUUAACAGAAAUUUAAAAAGUUUAAGUAGUUGUAUUGUAUUUAGUGUGUAUUGGCUUCCUUAUUGUGUGGAUGUGUAAUUUUGUCUUAUUUCUUCCAGAAUUAUAUUUAACACAUUAUUAUUUUCAUAUGCAUGCCUGCUGCUCCUGUAGUUUUAGCUAGUUCUGUGUGUUUAGAAGAGAGUGAAGUCCUGGCAAAUUCCUGCUAACUUUUAGAGAGCCAAUGAAUCUUUGUCUGUGUAGCUCUAAUAUACAACUAUUUGAUUGAACAAGAUCAUAAAUCCUUAUUUUCUCAUCGGCUGUUGCAAUUAUUUUUAUAGACACUUAAAAAACAUGUAUUUAUUUCUAUAGAAAAAUUAUUCUUCCUGUCUUUCUCUCUGUUGUAUAGUGCCUAAAAUGAACAUUCUUUUCAUAUAUGUCCUUGUUGAUUUUCUCAAAUACUGGUCUAGUAAGAAGCUGAAUCAGAAGACAAUUCUAAGUGAAGUACAGGUGUGAUAUGCAAUAGUAAUCUGAAGGGCCUGACAUACUAGGAAAUCAUAGCUAGCAGAACACAAAUCUCUUUCCAGUUUAUAAUGAGAUGUGACUUGAAGCAAUUACACUGAUGAUUACUGUAACUGCCAGUAUGGGGUAGGUGGGAGACCUCUCAAAAUGAUCAUUUUCCAUCCUUUUCUGAGGCAAAUCUAGUUCAGCUGAAUUGGGUUCAAAAGUGUAACAGCUGUGGCACCUGGCAGUCUGGGGGAUUGGCUGCAUUUCCCACAUCAGGAUUUCACAUUUUUAGCACCCACUUGUUUUCCAGUCUCAUUUUGCAGAUAGUUCAUUCACCAUUUGGAGCUAUCAUUAUAAAGCAGUGCUCCCAUCUGUUGGUCAUGGCUUGUUUAAUAAGUAGUUGAUGUCAGUCCAACUACGCUUGCAUCUGUUACUGAGAGCAGCUGUGUGUUGUCAAGGGCUCCCCAACAGCCUCCAGAUUUAGCUUUUGUUUUUCUGUUGAUAGCAUGUUACAACUUGCCCACAAUGGCUCUCUCCUUGUCAGGGCUGUCUGUUCAUCUAGAGAGGAAAGUGUAUUAAAGUGGGAAUCGUCUAUAUUGCCAUAAAGAUGGAAGCAUACAGAUAUGGAAGGGAAGAAGGUGCAGGUCCAUUGGUGUUGGCAUGUGUUGAGGGAGGUGGGAAAGGCAAUUUUUUCCACUUUCUCAUCGCAAGACCGGGAUGGUUUGUUUCAGCAUCUUGGGAAGGUACACAGGAAGACUGUACGCAGUGUAAAGAAAAUAAAUGGUUUGCAAAUAGUGUAUGAUGGGGUGCACUCAUUUAACAGCAUGACUUCCAUUUUUUUUAAGGUAGCAGUAUGGCAGCAGUAGCUUUCAGUAUUUUAGUUCAGCAGUGUUUUUGUACUGCAGAAUACAGAUACAGUCAAGAAAUAUCUCAAACCUCCCACAGGCAAACUUCAGAGUUUUUUCUCUUAGGUUGCUCAAGAGGCAUCAAAAUGUGCCUUUCAUGUAUCUAAAUGCUGAUGUGCGUGUGUAAGAUGAUUUUCAAAGGCGCGCUUCUGAUUAGAUGAUCUUGGAGGUAUUUUCCAACCUUGGUGAUUCUAUGAUUCCAUGAUUUUCAAGCCCUUCACUUCAGGAUUUUCAGUGGCAAAUGUAGUCAACAUUUCUAAAACUAAUCACGCUCAUAUCUUGUGCCCUCCACGUACUCCUCCUGUGUUGUUGCUUUCUCACCAUGCAUACCACGUCUUUGUUCUUCAGCUACCUCUCAGCUUUGUUUUCCGCUGUACAGGUGUUUCUUAUAUGAUCAUUUAAAACCAAAUAAAAACCACAAAAAAACUCAAA